AUUUUUCAGAAGAGAGCAAUGAAGCCAACCAGGCCCGAUGUUUUUUGGGACAUAUGGCUACGUACCUCCUGAAUAUGUGAAAAGAGGUACCUACUCCAUGAAGUAUGAUGUUUAUAGCUUUGGAGUUUUGCUUCUGCAAAUCAUAAGUGGGAAGAGAAACACAUGUUUUUAUGGUUCAAGUGAAAAUCUAAACCUUCAGGAAUAUGCGUACGAAUUGUGGAAAGAAAAUGGCGGUGAGGAAUUUAUAGAUCCAACAUUAGAUGAUAAAUGUUCUUCCUGUAAGCUCUUGAGAUGCCUGCAAGUAGCCCUGCUAUGCGUGCAAGAAAGUCCAAUGGAUAGACCUUCAAUCUUGGAAGUUUAUUCCAUGCUGAAAAACGAAAAUGAUGCUAUUGCUCGUCCUAAAAGACCUGCAUUUUCUGUCCAGAAUUGUGAAGACGAAGAAAAUAGACACAUAUCAGGUCAAGAAAUUUGUUCAGUCAAUGAUGUGUCCAUUACCGAAAUGUUGCCCAGAUAACGUAGCUUUGCCUUUUUCAAAUGAAAUUGUAUAAACAGGCAUACAAUCGCAUUUUAGAGUAAACAAUUUCUAAUCCAUGGAUGCUAACAUUGCAAUAUAUUAAAACAUCACCUAUUAAUUGAUAUUUUAUUCCUUUUUUCA